GCGAUAAGAGAGUCUGAAACACUCAAACUAAGCUUGAUCUCUUAAUGUGUUCACUGUUGCCUGUAAAGGACUGGAGAAAUCAAUUUCAAUUUAUACGAAAAUGAAGAGUUUGUUUAUCAUUAUUCUAGUUUCGACUUCACUAGCAGGAGGACUCAAUCCAGAAAACCACUCAAACGCAUUUGAAGCAACAUAUGGAUGCUUGCAAUACAGCACAAAAGAUGGAUGUCGCCCGUACCUUUCGACCAACAGGUUCAAGCAUCUUAAAACCACGGAAAACGGUGUUACCAUCAUGAGGAUGGGCGUCAUGGCAGGUGAAGGACCACACAUCCGUUUGUCGAAGAUCGAGUAUCCAUUUGACGUGAAAAUCAAUGAAAUAGUGCUUUCCGCUUGGAAUAACACGGCAAGUGAGAUGCGCAGCUACAUACCGAAAACCGGUGGAGGCAUUGGAGAAUAUCAACUGUUGAAACGAAUAAACAGUCCCGGGCUGCUGUCACAGUUCUAUCCGAUGAUGUUUACAAUUGAAAUCGAUCAGAAGGGAAACGUUAAACUGAUUAAGGACGGCGAACACGUCCCGCUGGUGGAGUUUCUAGAUCCAAAUAUAUCAUUUGAAUAUAUGACAUUCUGCAAUUACAUGGUGCCAGCGACAUUCUUUUUCGAUUGUCCGCUGGAGAUCGACCGGCGGGAUUGUAGUGGUGUUGUAUUCAGUUAAUAGUGAUAAAUAAUAUAAACAAAUUUCCUCUAUUUCACACGUAGAUCUAAUACAAGCUAAAUAGAACUGUAGUUGGAAAAGUAAAACAAGUAUCAUUUUGAAAAUUUGAGUCAAGUUUUAAUCAACUACUGGUUGGUGUAAAUAAAAAAUAGUUUUCGGCUAUGAAGAAAUUGGAAACAUAGAGCUGAUGAUAGGUUGACAAGUUGAUUAUUUAUUUAAAAAAAAAACCUCAACAAUGUAUUACUUAUGGGGUCAAGAUAACCUUUCUUUCAUGCCUUCCUGAAUCAUGUGCGCUUUGGAAGCGUUUCCCGACGAAAACAAAUCCUAUUCUUUCCGUGCGCGUGGAAGAUAACGAUGAUUAAACGUCAGAUAGCCUUAUAGAAAAUGGGUCAUGGGAUUAUCGGUUCGUAUCGAUAAUUUGGAUCCCAAAGUAUGACGUGAAAACUGUUUUUGGAAACGUUAAUAGCCUAUUCAGAUUACGCCAUUAAUGACAUAAUAAUUGGCGUUUCAGGGUAAAUACGCUUUAUGAUGUCAUUAUUCACGUAAUAUUCCAUACAUUUUGCGCUGUCAAAAGAUACCCGCUAAAAAGAGUCAUAAAGAAUUUAUUACGAACAAUUAUUACGAGAGAGCUUUCGUUCUAACUGCACGCUUAAAAU